UAAACCCUAGCAUCCAAAUCGAAGCAAUAGAGAAGAGGAAAAGCUCCAAAAUUGCAGAAUAGGCAAACCUUUUUCAAUCAAAGCUAACAGAGAAGCUCCAAUGAUGACACAAAAGACAGAUAUUUGCAAUAAAAGUAGUAGAGAAGCUGCAAAGAUUGCACAAAAGGCAAAUCUUUUUAAAGGCCAGCAGAAGAAGAUUGUGUGUGCUUAUUUUAAAGGGAAGAGAGUUAUGAGGCCGUUAAAGAAUACAAUGCAGAUGGAUGUUGAUCCGGCCAUGGGGAUUCACUUAGCCGAGAAAAUAAUUGUGGAUAUCCUCAGCAGGUUACCUGUGCGGUCUCUUCUUCGAUUCAAAUGUGUUUCAAAAUUUUGGAAGACAUUAAUUUCGGAUCCUUACUUUAAGAUGAAACAUCUCAUUCAUGCCAGGAAUAACCAAAAUUCUCAAAAACUCCUCAUUAGCCAAUUCUACCUUGGUAUGGAUCACAGUUUUUCCUUCUAUUGUUCUUCUUUGUUGGUUAAGGAUGUGCAAAAGCUUGAUUGUCCUUUAAACAUUGAACAAGUGAUCCUAAGAAUUUUUUGUUGUUAUGAUGGAUUGUCUAUUGUUGGGGUUGGUGAUUGUUCUAGUGAGGAAUUCAAAUUUUUUCUAUGGAACCCCUCCACAAGAGAAUCAAUAGAAUUGCCCGUUCCAGAAUUACUACCACGAAAAGGAUAUUGUACUUGGGGAUUGGGAUAUGACUUAGUGAUGACUAUAAGAUCCUUAAGAUUGAUAAGGAAGUACACAGUGAAAUUCUAGCGUUGAAAAGUGGUUCUUGGGAAACAAUUUAUAGACAUCCUCCUGGCAUCUCAUUUGUGGCGUGGGGUACCGAGUCUUUGUCAUUUUUACAUGGAGCAUUUCAUUGGCUUGGUAAGUCAUUAAAUUAUUCAGUGGUUUCAUUUAGUAUUUCAAACAAGGUGUAUGAAAAGAUACCAUUGCCAGAUCAAAUGUGCUUGAUUUGCGACGCGGAUGAGAUGGAAUAUGGCGUUUCAGUAUUGAGAGGAAUGCUUUGUUGUUAUUCUACUUCUUAUAUUCUUGGGAAGGAUGGCACUUUUAAGUUGUGGGUAUUGAAAGAUUAUGGUGUCAAGGAAUCUUGGUAUCAGAUGGCUAUCAUAACAUGUACCGGUCUGUCUCAAUGUAGACCAAAAUAUUGGAUUGCGGAGCAUGAAUUGCUACUCUUUUCUAGAUAUGGGGGAGAUAGUGGUUUUGUAUUUGGGACAUCCAACAAACCAUUUGGAUUACAACCUCGAAUCGAAGCCUUUCGUGAAGGAUUUGUAUAUACAGAAAGCUUGAUCUUUCCAAGAUUAUCUACUUAAUAUUUGCUUAUGUAUGAUGGAGGCACUUUGUUUUAUUAUGUUGUAAUGAUGUUACAACCUCUAAUUCUUAUAAAGUUUUUUUAUUAUGUUGUAAUUGUUGUUUCCUAAAUAUAUUUAACAAAGCUAUUAGCUUGCUUUAAUCUUUUCA